CAUGUGCACAUUUAACAUCAUUCUAUGGAACUGAUACUAUAUCUGGAUGUAUAUUAGCUGAAAAUUAUUAUUUAGCUAAGAAAAUAGCUGGUAAUUCAAUUCCAGCAACAGAACAUUCGACAAUAGUCAGCUGGGGACGUGAAAAAGAAUGUGAUGCUUAUGAAAAUUUUAUAGAUGCAUAUCCAAGUGGCGUUAUUGCUUGUGUAUCUGAUUCAUAUAAUAUUUUUAAUGCUUGUGAACGUAUUUGGGGUCAAAUUUUGCGUGACAAAGUAAUGGCACGUGAUGGUAUCUUGGUUAUUCGUUCUGAUUCAGGUGAUCCAGUUGAAGUUCUUGAACAUAUGUUGAAUAUAUUGUAUGAAAAAUUUGGUGGACAUGUAAAUGAAAAAGGUUUUAAAGUACUUGAUAAACACGUUCGAAUAAUACAAGGUGAUGGUGUUGAUAUGAAAUCGAUUAAAGACAUUCUUGAUUUAAUAGAACGCAUUGGUUUUUCUGCAGAUAACCUUGUAUUUGGUAGUGGCGGGGGUCUUUUACAAAAAUUUAAUCGUGAUACGAUGAAAUUUGCUAUUAAGUGCUCUUAUGUAGAGAUCGAUGGUAUUGGCGGUCGAGCAGUUGCUAAAGAUCCAAUUCAUGAUCCUGGUAAACGUAAUAAACCUGGUCGUCUUAAAUUAGUCAAAGAUAGUAGCGGUAGUUAUCGAACAUUAAGUAGUAUCGAUCAUUGUAAAGACUAUGAAGAAGCUGAAGAUCAACUUGUAACUGUUUUCGAAAAUGGAAAACUUCUACGUGAAUAUUCACUUGAAACAAUACGAGCUAUAUGUGAUAUUAAUAUUGAUUGA